CCGCCGCCGGUCGUCUCCGCAACUCGCGCAAAGUUCCCGCACGACGCGUACAGUUCGCAAACUUUUCGGAAACUUUAGCGAAGUGUUUCGCGAUGCCCCCGCGCUGAUAAUCGCCUCGCCGAUGGCCGACGUGGACGAGCUGCUGGCCCCAGACCUUCUCCUCGCCUUUCGCGACGUCGCGGACCCCAACCGCACCGCCAUGCUGUCGGUGGAGUACCUGGGCAACCUCAUCGAGGUGGUGAACACCGCGCACACCGAAAGCAGCGUCGGUGGUGCCUCGUCCUACGAAAUCGGUGUGCGUACCAAUGGCGGCGUGGCGACAUUUCUCGCUUCCGGUAUCAACGCGUCCAUCGCGAUUAACACCAGCGAUGCAGCUUUUGUACCGGAGAUGUUCUAUCGGCACUCAAUGGCGAUGACGGCUGUCUACUGUGUUGCCUACUUUCUGGUGUUUGCUGUUGGUAUUGUUGGCAACUUCUUCGUCAUUGCUGUCGUCUUCAGAUCGCCAAGAAUGAGAACCGUGACGAAUUUCUUCAUUGUCAACCUGGCUAUUGCUGAUAUACUUGUCAUCGUGUUUUGUUUACCUGCUACGCUCAUGUCAAACAUUUUUGUUCCUUGGGUUCUUGGCUGGCUGAUGUGCAAGACUGUUCCGUACAUUCAGGGAGUCUCAGUUGCCGCCUCCGUCUACAGUCUCAUUGCUGUUUCAUUGGAUAGAUUCCUGGCCAUCUGGUGGCCGCUCAAAUGCCAAAUCACAAAACGUCGUGCACGAUUCAUGAUCCUCUUCAUCUGGUUCAUCGCCCUGUCGACCACGCUCCCCUGGGCGAUCUUUUUCGACUUGGUGACGAUCUUCAAAGAAGCUCCUGAUAUCCAGCUGUGUUUGGAGGUGUGGCCGGAUGCGCUCAACGGCGCGCUGUAUUUCCUCAUCGCCAACAUGGUCUUCUGCUACAUCCUGCCGAUGAUCCUCAUUACCCUCUGCUACGUGCUCAUCUGGAUCAAGGUGUGGCGCCGGCACAUCCCAACUGAUACCAAGGACGCGCAAAUGGAGCGUAUGCAGCAGAAGAGUAAAGUCAAGGUUGUAAAAAUGCUCGUCGCAGUGGUGAUUCUCUUCGUCCUCUCAUGGCUGCCGCUGUACGUGAUCUUCGCGCGAAUUAAACUCGGCGGAGAGGUUUCCUCCUGGGAGGAAGAGGUUUUGCAGGUGGCGACACCUAUCGCGCAAUGGUUGGGCGCUUCUAACAGCUGUAUCAAUCCGAUUCUGUACGCAUUCUUCAAUAAAAAGUAUCGGCGUGGAUUCAUGGCGAUUAUUAAGUCGCGGCGCUGCUGCGGCAGGUUGCGGUACUACGAAACAGUCGCCAUGAUGUCCUCGUCGACGAGCAUGCGCAAAUCGUCGCACUUCUACAACAAUAAUUCAUCGACGAGGAAACUUGCGCCGAUGAACGACCACGCCGUGUCGUACAUUUACAACAACACCGGGGUUUAAACUCGUGUUGGUGGGUGCCACUUGAACGUGGCUUGGUUUUUCCUCUGAGACACAGAGUCAUUGUUUGUCCAAAUCAAUGCGUGUCUAGUCAAGGCGCGGAUUUCGACGAGUUUUGGCCGAAUCUGGUCACAAACAACCCAACAUUUUGUCACUUUGAUGUUUGAGGAGUCCCACUUUCGAGGAAACAAUAAUUGUUGAUUAUAAUAACAUAAUAAGUACUAGAUAUAUUAAUAAUAUUAAAUAAAUAAAUAAAAUAUUGAUAAUUGUAGGUUGAAAAACUUGAAUUUUUGAUUGAUUUGAAUUUGAUAAGAAUUGCAACGAAGAUAUUUUCUAACUGGAAUUUUGCACACACAAAACAUACUCGAGGCAGAAAACGAGAAAAUAAAAUAAAUUAAUAACCAAAGAAAAUAGUUAUUCUGAUUGGUUUACAUUCACAUUUCAAGUGGUAAAAAGAAGCUUUAACAAGUUAGAUAAAUGAUUGUUGAGCAUGUAAAAGAAUUAAGUUAUAGUUGCGCGCACAUUGCUGGUUAAUAACGCAAAAGUGUUUUGAUGUUUAAAUGUUUAGAUGAUAUCAAUGCAUAGCAAAUAAUAAUCAAUAUUAAUCGAUAAUAUUAAAAGAAACAAAAGGGUACUUACAGUUAGAAUAAGAACCAAAUAUGCUUUUUAGUUAUUCAAAUAUUUUCACAAAUAACGUAAGACUUAGGAAAGGUGUUAUAAUGUUGACGUUUUGAAGUGUUUGUUGAAACGGUUUCCAAAAUUUGCUUGAGUGAAUGGACAGGAAUGAUAUUAGGUUAGGUUUUUAUUGAUGGAUUGAGGUUACGAUCAAGAAUAAGCAUCACUCACAUGCGUGUCUUACUUAAGUCUUCUUAAUAUUGAUUGUAUAUAAAUAUUAAUAUAAAUUUUUAUUAAAAUUAAAAUUAAAAUUUUAUUUGAAUAAAACCAUUCAACAGGGUUUAAAAUUAAAUCGGAUAAUUAUCGUCGUAGAUUUUAACUCAUUCAUUUUAUGUUUAUGAGGUGAACAAUAACUUCCUCCACUAAUAACAAUGCUGCCUAUUAUACCAUACGUAUUAAUAGCAUUUAAACAAUCAUUUUAUUGCUUUUUUAAUAUUAUUUUUGAAAUGAAAAAAAAAUUGAAAGUUUAAAAAGUUUAAAAUUGAGGUUAUUUAUGAUAAUAAUUGAUUAAUAAGUAUAUAGAUGUCACUGCUGCCGCACUAUAACAAAGGGAGUUAAAUAUAAAUGAUUGUUAGUUAUAAAUGAAAUUUCUAGUGUGACAGAUUGAAUAAUAUUUAUUGUUAUAUAUUGAAAUACCAAUAUUAUUGUGACCAAUGCAUAGAAAUCCAUUAAAUUAACCCAGUACUGCCCUAAAAUGGUAAAUACCAAUUUUAAAUAUAAUCUAGAUUGUUAUUACAAAAUUUGCAAAUUUGGCAGUGUAACUUUUAAUAUAUUAACCUCCUAAGCUUCAACUUUAGUAAUGAACUCUGAGCACCAUGUAGGCAACCAACAUUACACAAUAACCAAACAAAUGUCAUCAAUUUUAAAAUUUUAAAGAUUUGUUACAUAAAUAUGUAAUGUUGGUUGUGUACAAACCGUUUAAUAUUCAUUAACAAAGUGGAAUUUCUGUAUUUGAUCACAAAACAAGCUUAAUCCUUUCAAAUAGCUUGCACGCAAGUAAUAAAAACAAUAGCGGUUGAAAAUAAAUUCACUGAAUGUAUCUGUCCGUAUCAGACGUAUUACAAAUGAGUUGUUUUAUAAUAAUAUUCAACGGCCAUCACGCUGCAAAUGAAUUAUAUAAUAAGCUCGCAUUUCUCAACGCCAGACGCGCAUCAACGCUUUUUUGCAUCACGUAUUGUUCGCGCGCGCGAGUUUUUCACGCUGCAAUUCGGCUUAAAAUCCGAGCUUUAAGAGCCCAAAACCACAACAACAACAACCACAUGAAGGCUACACAUUGUGCGCGGUGUACGCGAAGAAAUGUCAAGGUUCAUCUGCUUAAAUUCGUUAAUAAACGCGCACUUGUGGAGACAAUUUAUCUCACAACAUGUGGUUUCAGAUAAUAAGCUGAAAUUUAAAAAAAAAAUUCUUAAACGUUUUAAACCUAAGCAUUUAUUUAUAGAUAUAAUAAAGUUUUCGUGAACUGAAAGCUUAACAAAGAUUUUACUGGCAUGAACUUGAAGUGUGAUAAAUUACACGUAACUUAAAGCAUGUUAAGAGUUUGAGGAUGUGAAAGUUUGCACGCUACAAUUGAUUUUGAUAGAUUUUGAUGGCAUUGUAAAGCUAUUUGUAAAUCGAGCGUUUUUAUAUAUAAUACCGACCUACAGGGUGUUUCGGUCAGCAACAUACAUAUAAACAGAUAAAACAAUACAUAUUUGUUCGAUAAGAUAACAGAAUAACAAAUAAUAAUCAUAAUCCUAAGUCAGUGUACCUAAUACAUGUUUCAAUGUAGGUACGACCUCAAAAUGGACGAUGCAGAAUUCGAAAAUAUCGAAAGUAUCUAAAACUCGGCAACUGAAGGCAGAAAUCAACCGAAACUAUAAUUUUUCAUAAGAAACAUAUUUAUUCUAGCACAAUAUAGGUACUUGAACAUGAAAGUAAUGAUUAUUUAGUUUAUAUGUGCGUAGAAAUUAAUUUACGGCUAAUUUUAUAAUAAACACACUGUAGCGAUGUCAGAAAUAGUUUCACAUAAUGUAAUAAUAUAAUAAUUAUGUAGAAACAAUAAAAUUAAAUUUUUUUUUUUUUUGUUUGCAAUUGCAAUGUGUUUAAAGAACGAUGUAAUGUGUGAGAGAAGUAAGAAGAAAAGUUGUAUUUUCAAACGAAUAUUUUAGUAAAUUUUAAUAUCUAAUGAUGUAAAAUGUAAAAUGUAAAUGAAUCUGCGGUAAGAUAACGCUUGCGAGACGGUGAUAUAUUGUACUUUAUCAUUAUUAAUUAUUUAACAAAAUAAAUUAGGAAAUAAAAAUAAAAAUGAAGCAAAAUUUCAGAAAAAUUAAAUUUCAUGAAUCACAUUGAAGUAAACUAAAAAUAAAUUCGAUUGUAAAUGUAUUUGGGAAUCAGAAAUUAAAUAUUAUUAUCAUAAAACUAUAAAAAUAUUGAAAUGUCAACUAAUAUUUACGUGUAUCAUGAAAUUAUUUUGAAUAAAUAAUGUUUAAACCCCA